AUGCCAUUCUCAAAAGAACAGGAACAUUUCUUGAAUGAAUUCAAGGAAUUCAUUCUAUCGAACAACCCAAAAGGCGACUUGCUACAAUUCGGUUUCAACUAUUUCAAUGAAAAAUUAGCCAACGAAAGAAAACUCUUCUUACGAAACACUUAUGACGAGGAACACGACGAGACAAGAAACUCCAUAUUCAAGUCCCCUUUCGCCGCUUCUCAAAGCAGAUCAACAAGUGUAAUAAGCAACCAGAGAAACUCAAUAGUGAAUAGAUCAACUGUCGUAGGCACUGCAUCCACUAAGGGCCAAAGACAAGGCGGCGACGCUGAUUCAGAGAGUGAUAAUCCUUUCAAAUCGGAUUUCAGCGUAUGUCAGAGCAAUGACAUCAAAAAAUCAGAUUCUCCGUUGGAUCCUUCCACAAAGAGAAACAGCAUCCAGCAACCUCAUCCCAGCAGCAUCCAGCAACCACAUCACAGCAACAACAACCAGCAAGAUAUUAACAAUAGCAUACACAUAUCCUCCGAAAUUCCAAGAAAUUUUAAUGCAUUAAGGCGUACUUCUGUAAGUGCUGAAUCAUUCGAACCUCGUUCUUUUGAGCAGGAUUGGAAACCAGAACAUUAUUCGGAAAAAUCUCCAGAACAGAUGAGAAGACUAGAAAACUCAAUUGGAAAGAACUUCCUGUUCAAUUCUCUGGACUUCGACUCAAAAAAGUUGGUUAUCAACUCAUUGGAGGAGAAGAAAGUACCAAACGGUAGUGAAAUUAUUAAACAAGGUGAUGAUGGUGAUUAUUUCUAUGUUGUUGAAGAAGGUAACGUCGAUUUCUUCGUCAAUGAUGAAAAAGUAGGUUCUUCUUCUGUCGGCUCAAAUUUCGGUGAACUGGCUCUAAUGUACAAUAGCCCAAGAGCCGCUACUGUGAUCGCUACUUCAGACUGUAUUUUAUGGGCCUUGGAUAGAUUGACUUUCAGAAAAAUCUUACUAGGACAUUCGUUCAAGAAGAGAAUAAUGUAUGAAGAUUUCUUAAAGAGUGUCCCAAUCUUAAGUUCUUUAACAGAUUACAACCGUGCAAAAAUUGCUGAUGCAUUAGAAAUCGAAACCUACUCUAAUGGUCAAGUUAUAAUUAGAGAAGGUGAUACUGGUGAAAAUUUUUACUUUAUAGAAAAUGGUACCGCUUCUGUCACAAAGGAAAAAGAAGGUGUAGUGGCUCAAUUGAAAAGUCACGAUUACUUUGGCGAAGUUGCUUUAAUUAAUGAUCUACCAAGACAAGCUACCGUCACUGCAACUUCAGAUUUGAAAUUAGCUACGUUAAGUAAGAGUGCGUUCCAAAGAUUAUUGGGUCCUGUGGUUGAUGUUUUAAAGUUAAACGAUCCAACUCGUACUCAUCAACAUUAA